AUGAUCCUCUUACCCCGAAACACGCAUCUGGAAGAUCCAUCAAAGACGGCCAACGUGUUCAUCCGUCAAGCCCGACCAAGCCAUCGAAGGGACAUGCGCAUUCUUCCUUCCUCCUCAACCAUCGGAUCGCACAAAGAUGACGCCCGAGACAUAUAUCAUCGCGAUGUUGAGACAGCUCAGAGAAAGUCUAAUCCGUGGGGAGCUUUGGGUGAACGACUGAAUAUCGAGAAAACGAGACUGAGCGGUCUGGACGAGAUGGAGUCAGGAGGUGCAGUCGCGAUUGCCUUGGAAAGUGAUAUGCACAGAGAGCGAAAUAGGACGAUGGAGAGUUUGAACUCUAGAGGUGAUGCCCCCUUUGCACCUACAGGUGGAGAGAGGAUGUUGAGACCCGAUGAAAGUCUAGAUGAAUCCCCUGAAGUUCUAAGUAACUUCAGAUCUCCAGCGGAUCUCGCCAGACCUGUCAGACCCACUGAGGUCAACAUCGUGGUGACUCAUUCACAGGUGAUUGAAAAGGCAUGA